AUGCGAUCUUUUUUCAAUAGGCCAGCCUGGGCGAGUACGACCGACGACUCUGCUUUCCCUGAGUUUUACCGCCGCUCCCAACAGACCUAUAGUGAUAUCGUGGCAGAGAAUCGACAACAACGAAAAUCAGUGACGGGUUCUCAUCCAGAGAGGCACCAUGUGAAAGAUGAGAAGGCACUGAAACGUCGUCGCAUCUCAUCCUCGAGUGUUAAUAAAGGGUCAGAUUCUGUUCACCUCACUGUUGGUACGGAAUCACACUGUUCGACUCUCAGGAACUUUGAGGGAGCGAUCCAUACUGGAACUGAUAUUCAGAGAUCUGUGGAUCUUGAAAAUGGUCAAAAAGGUCGUCCCGAUGAUGUCGCGGAGAGUGCAGUCGAUGCGACAUCCACGGCUGCGUUUCCAGUGACUGUCGAUAUUGAGUGCUCAACUCAUGAAGGUGUUUCAUUCUCACGCACACCUUGCAAAAGAACAAUCAACAAAAGUUCAGUGACAUCUGAGGAAAGUCCUGUUCCUCCGGAGGCACGCCUACGUUUCGAAGAAAAAGUAGAAGGAAAUUUGACCUAUCGGUCUGAGAUGACCCGUUCUGGGAAUAUUCAGGAAUGCCAGGAUUCUUGUCAACUUGAGGAUACCCGACACGACACUUAUCGAAGCAAUUAUUGUCCUCAGGAAGACCAAGUUGUUCAGAUAUUGAUUACAUCUGACAUUGAAAAUACCAAGCCAUUGAUUGUCCAACGACGAAUGUCUCAGCGAUUAAGAGACGUCCGCCUGGCGUGGUGUAGGCGUCAAGGCUUUGGGGAUGAGAUGACAUCAUCUGUGUUUCUCACUUGGAACGGGAAAAGGCUUUUCGAUGUCACAACUUGCAAGAGUCUCGGUAUUGACAACCUAGCGAACACCAGUAACCUCUGGCCAUCAGACAAUGACCAUUGCGAUGAGAUCAAUGGAAUUCGUAUACACAUGGAGGCUACAACAGACGAGCUUCUGAAAUCUCGAAAAAGGAAUCUUCUUCAUGACUCAGUUCAAUAUGCUUGUGGUUUUGUCGAGCGUGAAGAGGACAACGCUAAGGAUGGGUUCGUCAGGAUUAUUUUAAAGAGUCCAGGUUUGGAAGAUUUAAGGAUCAAGGUUAGGCCCCAGACAAAAUUUUCAAAUGUAAUUGCCACUUUUCGAGAUAAAAAAAGGAUUUCAUCAGACAGAAAGGUGCAGUUGUUAUUCGAUGGGGAGCUUUUGGACCCUGAUGCAAGUGUUAAGGAUCACGAAAUUACAGAUCUCGACCUUGUAGAUGUGCUAGUUAAAUAG